UAUGGCAUUAGACAGCUCCCUCACCUACGUUACAUGCUGAGUUAUGUUUCCAGAGAAAACAUCACUUACCGAACAUUUCUUAGCAGGGAACAAUGACAAGUAACGCAGGAACGUCUGAAGAGAGCAGCAGUAAACGCAGAAAGGAGAUGGAUAAGGAAACAUCAGGAAGUCCUCAGUUAUCCUGCCUUGAAAAACCAGACCCAGCUCUUUCUGAGAGUUCUCAUUCACUUUACAAAGCAGAUGUGCUGGAAAAGGUUUUAAAUGACAUGGGGAAGGAAAUCAAUAGCCUGUUGUCAAAAUACGCCCACAUUUUAAGUGAGAGAGCAGCGAUGGAUGCUUCAUACGUACAAGAGCUUGAUGGAAUUUUGAAAGAAGCGAGGACCAUUGAAAAUCACUUGAAGCAGAAAAGGGAGGGUCUGAGAGACAGGUUCGCAGUGAUAGCAAAUACUCUGAAAAGCUAAAAUGGAUUUUGCUUGGCAAAUAAGUUGAACAGACUCUUCUGCACGUAUGGUGUUAUGUACCAGAACACAUGUUAAUGAAAGCUUCAUAUGUG